AUGAAUCCAAAAGGUUAUAAGUUCUAAGUGCAAAUACAUAUUGAAAAGUUAGAAAUGAAGAGCGUCUUAUCUUUUUAAAUCUAAGUGAUAUUAAAAUGUGGUAUAUACCUUUAAUUUAAAUUUAGGGAAUUAGAAAGUUUAAACAUAAUAAUUAGCUGAUUUUAAUUAAGGUAAAGGAAUAAUCAAUGAAACACUUGCCAUCUAAACAAAUGUAUAUUAAAUUAAUGGAACAUAUUAAGAAAAGAAAAUUGAAUUGUUAAUUUUGCUCAUAACACCUAAAGGUAAUAAAAAAGCAGGUCAAUGUUAUAUUGAUAUUGCAGAAAAAUUGAAUUAAUAAAAAUAUGGUAUUUCAUAAUUCCACUUUAGACAUUAAUGAAGAACUUAUUUUAGAAAAUUGUCCUGACAGUAAAGCCAAAAUCUAUUCAAAAAUUCAAUUAACAUAAGUUGGAGAAGUAGAAUUUGACACAGUUAAAUCACAAUCUUCUACAGUAAAUGAAUAAAUAUCAGAUAAAAAAUAAGGAAUCUUUACUCCAUUUAAAGCAGUUCUGGAAAGCACAGCUAAGAAGUAUUUUGGAGAUUAAUCUCCUAUAUAAGAAAAUUGUCAAUCUAAAAGUUUAAUAAAAAAUCCUUCUGUAACAGAUGUAUCAUCCUAAUUUACUUCUCCAAAAUAGUAAUAGAAAUCUUGUUAAGUAUAAUCAGAUUUAUAACAUUUAUAUGAAGAACUUAAUUAAUAAAAAAUAUAAUAUAUAGAACUCAAGGAUUAAAAUAAUUAAUUAAAAUAGGAACUUUAAACUGAAAAAGUCAAAAAAGAAACUCUUAUUUUAUAAGUCUAAGAAUAAAAAAAAUAAAUAGAAAAAAUGAUUGAUUAAAAUAUUUAUUAAGAAUAGAUAUAUUAAUAUGAACAAUAACUAAGUUAAAUAUAAAGUUAAUUGAGGUAAGCAUAAAAAGAUAAUGAAAAUCUUACUUAAAACUAUAAAAAAUCUAUGUAAAAGUACAAUAAAUUAUCAGAUGAAUAUAAUUAAUAUUAAAAUAAAAUCAAUUCAGAAGAUAAGAGUUCAUCUUCAUUAAAUAAAAAGUUACAAGAAUUGGAAGAAGCAUGUUAUUAAAAAGAUUAGCUAUAUUCUAUUUUAUAAAAAUCUAACAAUGACAGUUAAAUGAGAAAUAUCAAUUUUGAAAAUUAAAUUAUUCAAUUAAAUUAGGAAAUAUUGCAACUUUAAAAUAAACUUGAUGAAAAAGAGGUUGUAAUUGAUUAAUCAAAUGAAAAACUCAAUAGUCUAAAUUCAAUAUUAUUAAAAUUAUAGGAUUAAAAUAGUUUUUUAGAAUAGAAUUUAAAAAUGCAAAAAGAAAAAGUAUUGAUUUUUAUUAUGAUGAUUAGAUUGAUGAAUAAUCUUAAUAGAAUCUUAAUCAAUAGUAGUAAAUAAUUCAAUUAAAACUAGAAAUAUAGAAAUAAUAAGAAAAUUUUGUAAAUUAAAAUAAUGAAAUAAUAGAAAAGUUUAAAUAGGAAUUGAAUGAAAAAAAUGAUGAAUUAAAUGAAUAUUUGACAUUAUUCGAAUAAGAAAAAUAAAAGCAUAAAUUAGAAAUAGAUGAAUACUUAGAAUAAAUAAAAAAGUUAAAAUAAGAAACAAAUUAAACUUAAUUGGAAUAAGAUGAAAAAUAUAGAGAUAAAUAGUAGAAUAUCGAAAAUGAAUUAUAAAAGUACCAUUUAAGAGAGAUGGAUCUAAAAGCAAAAGUUUAAUUUCUUAUGCAAUAAACAAAUUAAUUGUAAUAAGUGCUAAACGAUAGCAUCAGUCAGGCAGAGGUUAUGAGAAAGUUGUUUCUUGAUCCAUAGAUUCCAAACACAGAAGCAGAUCUACCAAAUCAAUUGAUUGAACUAAAUAGAGCAAUAACUUUUAAAUUUUCUAAGUUAAAAUAGGAUCUAGAAUAUCAUUAGUAAUAGAUUUUAGAUCACGAAAAAAAUCAUACUGAGAAUACAUCAAAUUAACAAUAAGUAAUAAUAGUAUAAUUAUAUUUAAAGACACUUGAAUUAAUUUAAACCAAAUUAAAACUUGAUAAUCUUUAAAAUUAAAAUUUACAUUUGGAAUAAUAAUUGAUAUCCAAUUAAGAAUUAUUAAAUAAUUUUAAUCAAUUAGCACUCUCAUAAGAACAAAAGAUUUAAAAUUUAGAAAUCUUAUAUAAAGAAGCUCUAGAAAAAUCCAUUUCUGAAAAAUCUAUCAAUCAACUUAUAAGUGAAUAAAAUAAAAUAUUUGAUCUGCAAAAUUAAGAUCUUUAAAUUUAAACAAAAGCUUUAUAAAUAUAGAUUUUGGAAAAAGAUGAUUUAAUUAAUAAUCUAUCAACCUAAAUUUAGUAAUAAAAUUAACAAAAUUAAGAAUAAAUCAUUAUUAAUGAACAAUUGUCAUUUUAAGUCAAAGAAUAGUUACAUAAUAUAUAAUAGAUAGAGUAAGAAAAUUAAAUAAUGAAAACAGAGUAAGAUCACCAAACAAAUAAUUUAAUUAUGUAGAAUGCUUCUUAAGAAAAAGUAAUAGUUUAAUUAAGAGAGUAGAAUUCUAUUUUAAAUGAAUAGAUAAUUUAUUUGAAAGAAUAACUAGAAAAUUUUUAAAUUGUAUUUUUAUAAUAACAAAAUUAGAUAUAACAUUAAGAAGUUCCAAAUUAAUAAUUGACACUUAUCUAAAAAUAAAAUAAUUAAAUCUAAGAAUAAGAAGAUUUAUGUAUGCCAACUUAUAAAGAAACUGAAAUUCCAGUUUAAUUAACUCACACUCAACAAUUAGAGGAUAAUUCAAUUAAUUUUAUAUCAAAAGAAGAAUUUUAAAAUAAUUUAGAUUAAUAAAAUAUUUUGAAACAAUAAAUAGAAUCGUUAAAAAUCUAAAUAAAUUAAUAAACUUCUGAUCUCACCAAAAUCUAAAUCGCUUAUGAAGAAAUAAAGAAUGAAAACAUUUAGAUUGUUUAAAUUCAGAAAAAAUAUUAAUUGAAAGAAACAGAAUUAUAAAUGUAAAUAGAACAAUUACAAGCUUUAAAUUAAAAUUUAUAAAAUCAAGAAAAUCAAUAUGGAAUUAAAUUGAAUUAUUUUGAAGAAGAAAUAUUAUAGAAAAAUAAUAAAAUAGAAGAAUUAGAAGUUCAUUCCUAAUAGGUUCAAUUGAGAUUUUAAGAUGAAAUAUAAGAAUUAUAAUAGUAAUUAUUUGUUGAGAAUGAAGAAUGGUAAAAAUAAAAAGAAUUAAUUUAAUAAUAUAUUGAUGAACUAGAACACAAAGCUUUGGAUUUGAAUAAUUAAUUGAGAGAAAAAGAUAAUGAGUUGGAAAAUAUGAUAAAAUUAAAUUAAAAGUUAAAUGAUUAAUUAAUUUAAUUAUAAAAUAUAAAUGAAAAAGCAUAAAAAUUAGAGUAAUUAUGUUAAGAGAAUAAAUAAAAAUUUGAAUAAUAAAUUGAUGAAAUAAAUUUGAAGAAUAUAUCAAAGAAUAAUGAAUUCAUAAAAUAGCUAUAAUAAUUAUAAUAGUAAUCUUAGGAGGAUUAAAUUAGAAUAUAAGAGAUAAAAAAGUAAUUGAAUGAGAAAGAGAUGUAAGUAUAGGAUAAGGAAGGUAAGCAUUCUAUAGAAAUAUAAUUGAUAACUACGAAUUAUAUGAAUCGAUUGAAAGAUAAGGAUGAUGUAAUUUAAAAUUUAUAAUAAGAAAUUCAAAGUUAUUAAUAAGUUGAAUAGGAACAAUAAAAUGUAAUUAAAUUUCUGGAAAAUGUUAAGGAGAAUUUGGAAUAACAAAAGAGUGAGAAUUUUGAAUAUAUCUAAAAAAUUUAAUUGACAAAUGAGAAAAUUAUAUAAUAAACAGAAUAAUAAGAAUCAUAAAUAAAUUAAUUAAAAAAUGCAAUAAAAGAAUUAGAAUUAAAAAAUCAUGAAUUAGAAACAGAGAAAAUUAAUAUUUCAAAUAAUUAUCAAUAAGCAUUAAUUGAAGCAUAAUCAUUAAAUCAUACUUAAGAUAAUUCUAGUGAAAUUAUUGAAAAGAUGUAAGAAGAAGUUGUUUUAUUAAAAUGUCGUAUAGGUGAUAUGUUUAAUGCAGCUUUGGAAUUUGGUGGGACAAAAUUAGUUGAUAAAUUAUAAUAAGCAUUAGGUAUUAAAGAAUGA